UGUGUUCUGCAAAUUUGACAGCAACAAGUGAACGAACGAUUCCUCAACGCAAUGUAGCAUCCUCGCUAGCGGCUAACGUUCCUCCACAGUGCAAAGCCACUUUUUGGUCAGCAAUCCUCGCCUCCAAGACUCACUAAACAUGCUACACUACACACAUACAACAAGCUAUAAUGAUCGCUAAGCUUUUGAUACAAUUAAUGACGGUAACAAUACCAAGUAUAUGGUCGAUAUCGCAGUGAUUAGAUCGGUAUUUUUUAUCAUCACCAAAACCAAAUGAUUUUAAUCAGAGUCAAUAGUUGGAAAUAAUUGUAAUAUUAAUUGAUAUUGUUACAACUCCAUAAUGUGUUUUUAUCUGAUUAUAAUUGUGAUCAAAACUAAUCAUUCAAUGAUAUUGAAAAUGUGUAAUAUCAGCAUUGGUCCGACCAAUACUGCCCCUGUAACUACUUGGUAUUUGAUCGAUACCUACAUUUGUAGUAUCUCCCAAAACUAAUGUAAAGUAUCCGAAUAACAGAAGAAUAAGUGAUUGAUUGAUUGAAACUUUUAUUAGUAGAUUGCACAGUACAGUACAUAUUCCGUACAAUUGACCACUAAAUGGUAACCCGAAUAAGUUUUUCAACUUGUUUAAGUCGGGGUCCACGUAAAUCAAUUCAUGGUACAAAUAUAUACUAUCAGCAUAAUACAGUCAUCACACAAGUGCUAAUUACAUUUUAACAGAAGUGUAGAUAUACAUAUUACAACAGAAAGUAAUCAGAUCCAUCCAUUUUCUUCUGCUUAUGUGACCCACCCAUAAUGUGUCACAUUUUUGUGUUGAUUUAUUUAUUUUAUUUUGUGGUUUGAAUUCGUUUUUGGAGCUGUCGUUCCACAUUUAUCAGUAUUCACCUUGGUCAGUAGGGGGCAGUAGAGCGUUUCUUCCUAAUUGAAUGCUAUUACCUGCCGACCGGAAGCUUCUUGUCAUUCUAAUGAGAGCGACCAGUCUGUAAACAACUGAAACGUUCUGUGUGCUUUCCCCCCUGUUUAACAGUUCAGGUUUGCAGACGGCCUAGACGUUGUACUGAUGGUCUUCGGGACCUUGAUGUCUGUGGUCCACGGGUUUGUGUUGCCUCUGGUGUGCAUUGUGUUCGGCGACAUGACCGACCGGUUUAUACUGUACUCAACAUCAAUCAAUACCAAUUCCACCAUCAGCAUUGUCGACAACACUUUGGAUGAGGACAUAAACAUUAUCUGCAUCUACUUCUGCAUCGCAGCGUUUGUAGUCUUGGUGACAGCCUACAUGCAGGUCACCUUCUGGACUUUGGCAGCUGGACGGCAGGUCAGAUGCAUCCGCAAGCAUUUUUUCCACAGCGUCAUGCAACAGGACAUCAGCUGGUUUGACCUCAACAAGACAGGAGAGCUCAACACUCGUCUCACUGAUGACAUUUAUAAAAUACAAGAGGGAAUUGGACACAAAAUGGGUAUGCUGAGCCAGUCCUUUACUACCUUCAUCGUAUCCCUCAUAGUUGGUUUAGUCAAAGGAUGGAAGCUCACUCUGGUCAUCUUGGCCAUCAUCCCCAUGCUGGGACUAUCAGCUGCUCUUUUCAGUAAAAUGGUGACAUCAUUCACGUCUAAAGAACAGGCUGCCUAUGCUAAAGCGGGGGCUGUGGCACAGGAGGUGCUUUCUUCCAUCAAGACGGUGUUUGCCUUCAGUGGUCAGCAGAAAGAGAUUGACAGGUAUCAUAAGAACUUGGAGGAGGCCAAGAAAGAGGGAAUUAAGAAGGCGAUAAGUUCAAAUAUUGCUGUUGGCUUCACCUUCAUGAUUCUCUACUUGUCUUACGCUCUAGCCUUCUGGUAUGGGAGCACUCUUGUUCUGAGUAAGGAGUACACUGCUGGAAUUAUACUUGCAGUUUUAUUUACUUUGCUUCUUGGAGCGUUUGCAUUGGGGGAGACGUCACCGCACAUCCAAUCCUUUGCCAUUGCUCGAGGAGCUGCAUACACACUCUACAACAUCAUUGACAAUAAACCGAGCAUCGACAGCUAUUCGGAAAGUGGCUACAAACCUAACUUUAUCAAUGGAAACAUUAAGUUCAAGAACAUCCACUUUAGCUACCCCUCAAGGCCUGAAGUCAAAAUAUUAAACAACUUCUCCCUGAGUGUGAAGAGUGGACAGACCAUUGCCUUAGUAGGAAGCAGUGGCUGUGGAAAAAGCACCACAAUACAGCUGUUGCAGAGGUUCUACGAUCCUCAGGAGGGAUCUCUAUCUAUUGAUGAUCAUGACAUCUGUUCUCUCAAUGUCCGCUACCUGCGAGAGAAGAUUGGAGUGGUGAGUCAAGAGCCAGUCCUUUUUGCCACCACCAUCGCAGAGAACAUCCGAUACGGACAAACUGAUGUGACACAGCAGGAGAUAGAGCAAGCUGCCAAGGAGGCCAACGCUUAUGACUUUAUAAUGACCCUUCCUGAUAAGUUUGAGACACUGGUUGGGGAUCGAGGGAUUCAGAUGAGUGGAGGACAGAAGCAGAGAAUCGCAACUGCUCGAGUUCUUGUCCGUAACCCCAAAAUCCUUCUGCUGGAUGAAGCAACAUCUGCUCUUGAUGCCGAGAGUGAAACUGUGGUAUUAUCUGCACUGGACAAGGUCAGACUGGGUCGAACCACAUUAAUUGUGGCUCAUCGCCUCUCAACUAUCAGAAACGCUGAUAUCAUCGCUGGCAUACAAAAUGGAGAGGUUGUAGAGUUGGGGACUCAUAGCCAGCUGAUGGAAAAACAGGGUGUCUACCACACUCUAGUCACCAUGCAGGCAUUUGACAAAGAGGAGGAGCAGGAUGAAGAGCAAGAUGAUAAGAACCAACAAGCGCUCUCUGAAUCUCCCCUGUGCAGGAGGAAGUCCACAAAAGGUUGUUCCUGUGCUAAUUCAGAGGAAAAGAAAGAAGAAAAUGAAAAGCUGGUGGAUCCCAAAGACACGCCAGAGCAGGAUGAAAACGCUCCGCCUGUGUCGUUCCUCGAAGUGAUGCGCCUCAACCUUCACGAGUGGCCUUACAUUUUGCUGGGUCUCAUCUCUGCUUGCAUCAAUGGAAUAAUCCUUCCACUCUACUCUAUCAUCAUGGCAAAGUUUAUUGCUGUGUUUGCUCAGCCUGAUCAGGAGAUUAUCAGAAAAAAAUCUGAAUUUCUUUCCCUUAUGUUUGCGGUGCUUGGAUUUGUAUCUUUUUUCACCAUAUUUCUAAAGGGUUUCUGUUUUGGUAAAUCGGGAGAAAUUCUGACCAUGAAACUGAGACUCGCAUCCUUCAAGGCUUUGAUGAGGCAGGAUCUUGGCUGGUUUGAUAACCCAAAUAACAGUGUUGGAGCACUCACAACAAGGCUGGCCUCAGACACUGCUCAAGUACAGGGGGUUACGGGUCUUCGUUUGUCCACAAUGGUCCAGAAUAUUGCCAACAUGGGAUCUGGUCUGAUUCUUGCCUUCGUUUAUGGCUGGGAGCUGACUCUGCUAAUGCUGGUGAUAGUGCCCCUCAUGGUAGUGGCCGGCGCUUUGAAAAUAAAGUUGUUAGCUGGACAAAAUGCAGAUGAAAAGAAAGAGCUGGAGAAAGCUGGAAAGAUUGUCACAGAAGCCAUCGAGAAUAUCCGCACUGUUGCCUCUCUCACCAGAGAACCCACGUUUGAAUAUCUAUACCACAAAAACCUCCAAGUCACAUACAAAAACUCCCAGAAAAAAGCUCAUAUGGAGGGUUUAAUCUUUUCUUUCACUCUCGCCAUGGUCUAUUUUACUUACGCAGGUUGUUACCGGUUUGGAGCUUGGCUUGUCACCCAUAGACAAAUGAACAUUGAGGGAGUUUUCCUUGUGGUUACAGUAAUUUUGUUUGGUGCUAUGGCUGUUGGAGAGACCAAUUCCUUUGCUCCAAACUAUGCCAAAGCCAAAUUGUCUGCAGCUGAAAUUAUAAAGCUUUUGAAAAGACAGCCAGCUAUUGAUAAUCUCUCAGAAGAAGGACAGACACUGGUCCAAUUUGAUGGUAACGUGCAAUUUGAAGGUGUAAAGUUUAACUACCCCUCACGCCCUAACGUACCCGUCCUCCGAGGGAUGAAUGCAAAGGUGAGCAAGGGAAAGACAUUGGCUCUGGUAGGAAGCAGUGGUUGUGGAAAAAGUACAGUCAUCCAACUUCUGGAGAGGUUCUACGAGACCAUAGAUGGAACAGUGAUGCUUGAUUCCAAGAGCGUGAAAGAGCUGAACAUCCACUGGCUGAGGUCUCAGAUAGGUAUUGUGUCCCAGGAGCCUGUGCUGUUUGACUGUAGCUUGGCUGAAAACAUCGCCUAUGGAGACAACAGUCGUACUGUAACUAUGGAGGAGAUUAAGGCAGCUGCUGAGGCGGCCAACAUUCACAGCUUCAUUGAAAACCUGCCAAAGAAGUAUGACACUCAGGCAGGCGAUAAGGGGACCCAGCUGUCUGGUGGUCAGAAACAACGAAUAGCCAUAGCCCGAGCCAUCCUCCGCAACCCCAAACUGUUGCUUCUGGAUGAAGCCACGUCUGCACUUGACACUGAGAGCGAGAAGGUGGUGCAGGAGGCGUUGGACAAAGCAAGGCAGGGCAGGACGUGUAUCGUUGUCGCCCACCGUUUGUCUACCAUCCAAAAUGCAGACUGUAUUGCUGUCAUUCAGGGAGGUGUGGUGGUAGAACAAGGGACACAUCAUGAACUGUUUGCCAAAAAGGGAGUCUAUCACAUGCUGGUCACAACCCAGAUGGGCCAUUGUCCCGUCAGAAUGUCAUGAUCCGUUGCCCGGAUUAUGUUUUGUUUAGUUCGAGAUUUCUUUAAGUUGUGAUUUAGUUCUGUUUCAGCACCCUGUUUUUUUUCUUUGUUACCAUGGGUGCUGAUUGUCGUCACCUGCCUCUGAUUAGUGGUCAGGACACUCACCUGCUCCCGGUCACUAAUCAAAGAGGUAUAUGGUCGUGCCUCGCGCCACCUCUGCCUGGCAGUCUUAUUCGCAACACCCGACAAUUACUUGGGAUGUAUUUGCUUCCUGCUCUUUUUGUUAGCUAGUCUUUUUACUCAGCCUUUGCCGUAGCUUCCUGUGCCAUCGGCACAUUUUGUAUGUUCGUAUUUUGGCUUGAGUAUUGGAAUAAAUCAUGUUUCUUACCUGCAUGCUGUAGGUAGAGUACAAGAUCAAUCACUGACCCUAAAUUUUUUGAUGAAGCCUAAAAAGAUGUGGUUAUGGUUUCAGUUUAUUUCAAACAUGCAUCACAUAUUUCCAGUUUUUCAUUGCAGCAUGUCCGAAAUAGGAGUAGGAGGAAGCAGAGCUUAUUUAUAACAGGUCUUUAAAGGGGAACUAAACGGAAAUAAA